AUGUAUAACAAAGUAAUUAUUCUUUUAUAUUUGUUUAUUGUCGUAAGUGGAGAGGAAGCUCAGAUUUUUACAUCCAAAACGUUGUUUAGGAAAAGUAGUGCAAAUUUUUUGGAGUUUCAAAACUAUACAUAUUACUUUAAUGUCGAAUAUGAGAUCAAUUUUUAUGGAGCUUUACAAUAUUGUAAAUUGCGUAACAUGGAGUUAAUUAAUAUUGAUUCUGCAAUUGAAAAUGAUAAAAUCGGUCUACAUAUAAUAGAAAAAGGGUGGGCUCCGAAGAAAUUUUGGACUUCUGCAGUGAACAUGGUUGCAGGAGGAAAAUGGAUAUGGCUUUCUAAUGGCCAACCAAUUAAAUAUUUCAAUUGGGAUAGAGGAGAACCAACAGGGUUUCUUCCUUUCGUAGCUUCCUACGAGAACUGCAUACAAGUAAGACACGAAGGAACGAGAGGUUUCACAUGGAAUGAUUUAAAUUGCGGUGUGAAGAAUUAUGUAAUUUGUAAAAGACCUAGUUCAUGUAGUUGUACUAACAUAAAAGGAUAUUGA